GUGAAACCAGAAACCCUACCUCUCUUCUGAAGCCUCGAGCCUCCCCAAUCUCUGUCUCUCGGUCUCUCUUCUCUCCUCUUCCUCGCACCGCACCGUUGCACUCCCGAGCCGCCGCCGCCGCCGCCGCCGGACUCGUAUCGUUUUCCGACGCCCGCGCAACCCAGCUCUGCCGGCGAUCGAAAGAGCGAGCUUGGCAAUACCUCAGUUUCGCGAUGGACAAGAGCAUGAUGGGCGACCUGGACAAUCUUCCGGAGGAAGACAAGCUUCGAAUGUCCGCCAUGAUCGACCAGCUCCAGAUCCGCGACAGUUUAAGAAUGUACAACUCCCUGGUCGAGAGAUGCUUCAAUGAUUGUGUGGACUCCUUCAAGCACAAGAACUUGCAAAAGCAAGAGGAGAGCUGCGUCAAUCGAUGUGCCGAGAAGUUCCUAAAGCAUUCGAUGAGGGUUGGCAUGAGGUUUGCCGAGCUGAACCAAGGAGCAGCGACCCAAGAUUGAAAUUCUCAUUUGCCUUAUUUUAGAACAUAAGAUUGAAACGACCGCCUAACCCAGGGGGGCUUCUUCUGCAUUCAUGUGGAACUCGAUUAUCGAUCUAAUCAUGUACUUUUAAAUUCUUGGUAUCUAGAACACAAUGUCUUAUUUGUCACUUGAGAAGAGGAAAAUGCAUUCUGCCAAUAAUU